UGCAACGAUUUUAAGGAAUAAAAAAAUAAAAAGGACACAAAAACAGCUAAAAAAUGCCUGAAGCAAGUCCGAUUGUGAUUUCACACGUCGUGGAAUUGGGACCCGAACUGUCAAAUGAAGUUAUGGAUGUUGCACGGAGACAAGGCGAGGAUCCAGAAACGGUUCAAAUGAAAAUUCAACAGUUCAGAGAUAUGAUUUAUGAAAAAGGUGGAUGCCGCCCACACCGCAUGGACGACGAAUACUUGAAGAAAUUCCUGCGAGCUCGUUUCUGGAAAGUUGAGAAUGCCUACAAACUAAUUGUGCGCUAUUACCAAUUUCGUGCCCAAAACAAAAAUUUCUACCAAGGCGUUCAUCCGACAAAAUUGCGUUCGACUGGCGACGAAGAAAUUGUUUCCGUGGCUCCGUACAGAGAUCAAAAUGGUCGUCGGUUGAUCGUUUACAAAAUUGGAAAUUGGCGUCCGAGUAAAUUGCCCGUUUUGGAUCUGUUCCGUGCCACGUUGCUCAUUAUGGAAGUGGGAUCGUUGGAGCCAGCAAAUCAAGUUUUGGGUGCCGUCGGUAUUUUCGACUUGGAGGGACUCGCGAUGCACCAUGCGUGGCAAAUGACCCCAAGUUACGCACAAAAAAUUAUUCAAUUGUUGGUGACCCAUAUGCCAAUUCGCGUAAAUGCCAUUCACUUCAUCAACCAAGGAUGGGUUUUCGACACCGUCUGGCAGUUAUUUAAGCCAUUCCUUAACGAACGGAUGCGCGAAAAGGUUUUCAUGCAUGGAUCUGACUUGAAAUCACUUCAUAAGCACGUCGAUCCCUCACGAUUGCCGAUGAGAUACGGAGGAACACAACCCGAAUAUCCGUAUAAACGGUGGUUGGAAAAGAUCAAAUACAAUGAAAAGGUCCUGAAUAACUUGGAGCAGUUGGGAUACGUGAUCGAUCCCGAUGACAUCAACGCGAUCUCAGAUCCGGAGGAAUAAAUGUCAAAAAAAUGAAUUUAUUUGUUAAGUUUUUUAGAUGUUAGUGCGAUAAAUUUUGUAUCAUAUAGUUGAUAAGAGCGAUAACGUUACAAAUGGGAAUAAAAA